GAAUUUGCUGAAGCGGAUGACAAUGAGGCGGUGAUUAAUGAUUUUGAAGGUUUGAGGCCUUGUAGAGUAAAGUUUAGUUAGUUUUUAUUUAUGCAUUUGAGGGUAAGGCUUAUUACGUCCUCUCUAUGUAUGUGUGUCUUUAUUAAUUAACCAAAAAUUUUCGUAUCGUCAAACAAAAUUUUUUGUACUCUACAAUUAGCCCAGGUGACAUUCUCAUCCUGCCUCCUCCACUGGAUGUGUGUAUAAUCUUUGAAAAUGAUACUGAUGUUUCGUGUUUCAAAAUGCAGUGGUAUGCGGUCAUUACAGAUAUCUAAGACACGGCUCUUCUCCUCGCUGUCAUCUGUUACUUGUCUAUCUGAUAUGGAAACACGAUUGAGGGCUUUUUGGAAGGACCCGGAUCCUAAAAUUUCAGAGGCGCUUUCGCUUUUUCAUCAUGCCGUACAUUCCAACCGCCUGCCUUCGGGGUCAGCCUCAGCCUGCAACUUCCUUGUGGACACUCUGACAAGGUCAAAGAAUUAUGAACUAUCAUUCUCAGUUUAUCAUAAGAUGACCAAGGUUGGUAUUAUUCCAAGCUUUAUAUCAUUGAGUUGUUUGGUUUUAUGUUUUGUCAAUAUGCGCAAGCCAGAAUUCGCAACCGGGAUUUUCGGCUUGUUGUUAAAGCGUGGAUUUCAGUUAAACGAGUAUGUUAUGAAUCUUGCGUUAAAGGGUUUUUGUUCUAAUGAUGAGGUUGACAAGGCAAUCGAGUUGUUUAGCGUAAUGGGUAGUCAUUUUGUAACACCUGGUAUUCGUAGUUAUAACAUUCUCAUAGAUGGACUUUGCAAAGCGAAAAAGUUGAAAGAAGCAGUGGCAUUGUUGGUUGAUAUGGGGGUGUCGGAUUGUGAACCGAAUGUGGUAACAUACAGCUCAUUGAUCAAUGGAUUUUGUAAACAGGGUAGAGUGGAUGAGGCGAUGGGUUUCUUGGAGGAGAUGAGGCAAAAGGGUUUGGAAAUGGAUGUUUUUGUUUAUGGUGCCCUUAUAAGUGGUUUUUGUGCUAAAGGGAGUUUUGACAGAGGAAAACAACUGUUUGAUGAGAUGUUAAACAAGGGUAUUUCUCCUAAUGUGGUUACAUAUAGUUGUUUGAUAAAUACUUUGUCUAAGACUGGGAAGUGGAAAGAAGUCACUAGGAUGGUAACUGAUAUGACACAACGUGGAGUUCCCCCUGAUGUUGUUACUUACACAAGUAUUUUUGAUGGGCUUUUCAAAAAUGGAAUGGCUACAAAAGCCAUGGAGAUAUUCAAUUUAAUACUAUCGAAGGGUACGGAGCCUAAUAAUGUAAUGUACAACGUUAUAAUUGAUGGAUUAUGCAAGGAGGGGUUGGUGGAUGAUGCUUUAAAGAUCUUAGAAACGAUGAAAGGGAAAGGUGUAAAACCUGAUGUAAUCACUUACAACACAUUACUAAUGGGACUGUCCUCUGACGGGAAGGCUGAUGAGGCGAUGAAACUUUUCAGUAAGAUGACAAAUGAUGAGAACUUUGUUGAGCCAGAUGUUAUGACAUAUAACAUGCUUAUUUUGGGACUGUGCAAGGAAGGUAAUCUUGAUCAGGCUAUGGAGAUGUAUCAUGCAAUGAUUGAAAGAGGCAUUUCUGGUAGCUUUGGUACUUAUAACACUUUGAUCGACAGAUGCUUACAGGAAGGCUUAGUUGACAAGGCCAUAGAAUUCUGGAGACAUGCAGUUGACUUGGGAGUUAUACCUAACUCAAUCACUUAUGGUGUCUUGAUCAAUGGAUUUUCCAAAAAUCAAAUGGUCAGGGUUGCAAAAGGACUUUUUAGUAAAAUGAGAGCUUCUGGAGUUAGUCCCACUGUAAUUGACUACAACGUUCUAAUGUCAUCGAUGUGCAAGGAGGGUAGUUUGGAGCAAGCUAGGAUGUUGUUUCAAGAAAUGAGAACUGCAAAUCAUUCGCCUUGUGUUUUCUCAUUUAAUACCAUAAUUGACGGAGUUCUGAAAGCUGGAGAUAUUAAAUCUGCUAAAGAGUUUCUAGAUGAUAUGCUCAAAUUGGGUUUAGUUCCCAAUAGAAUUACCUUCUCUAUGUUGGUAAACCGGUUUUCAAAACUUGGGCUCAUGGAUGAGGCUAGAAUGUGCGUUGAGAAGAUGACUGCUCGCGGUAUUGAACCUGAUGUCUUUGUGUACGAUUCUUUGUUAAAGGGCUAUAGUUCUAACGGUGGAACAGAAGAAAUUGUUGAUAUGCUUCAUCAGAUGGCAGACAAGGGUGUUGUUCUGGACAAAUAUAUAACUUCUACCAUCUUAGCGUGCCUCUGUCAAAUCUCUGAUGACGUUGAUGUGAUGGAGGUUCUCCCAACUUUUUCAAAAGAUACAUCGAAAGAAUUAAGCAUUACCUGCAAUGAGCUAUUGAUGAAAGUCAAUAAAUCUUAUCCGGAACUUAAGUUAUGUGCUGCUUGAGAUUGUUCCUCCUGAAGAGGUCUCCCGGUGCCACAAAGUGUGUUGCUUUCUAUGUGCUAUGCUAUGUAAGUCAUAUUGUCCUUCUUUUGUUCUUUUGUAAUCAUAUGGAAUUUGUACCAUAUUUUGAUGUGUAUUCUCAUUACUUCUGUUAUCACUCCACAUACUGGUCUUCUCCUGGCAAGUGAUAUCACUCAUUUGUUUUAUGUAAGAAAGAUUUAAGGUUUGACAAUAAAUUUGUCUUCUUUAUU